AUGAGUUCAAACAGCUAUCAGAGUGAUUAUCAGAAUUUUAAUCCGAACUACAGAAAGGAUGUACUCUGUCAAUCAUUACAACAAUCGUUUUAUGAAACCUGCAAUGAGUCUGAAUCUUUAUUGAAGAAUACUUUACUGCUUGGCAAAGAUGCAGUUGUUACGUCAAGUUAUUACGAAAAUUCAUACGCGAACAUGAAUUUAUCUUCUUAUCAAACCACAUCAAAUGAUCAAAUUGUUUCGUAUAAUCAACAAAGCUCUCCUACUUCAAAUUCUGUAUCUUCUACAUCCUCCUCUGAAGCCUCGGAACAAUUCUCAACUUGGCAACAAUUUAGCGAUUUACAAGGACAUCUCUCUCAACAACCGAAUAUAUAUAAUCAAUGUAACCAAAGUUAUUCGAAAAACGCUGUGCAAUUAUGUGAUUAUACUUCAUGUGUUCCUGGACCGUCCACUAUUUCAAUGCAAUGUGAACAGAUCAAACCAAAACUUGAAACAGUUUCUAAUGUUCAACAAGAAUUGCAGAAAUACAAUUAUAAUAGAAGCAAUGAUAACAUCAGGCAAAAGACACUCGAUACAUCUUACAAAUAUAAGGAGACACAAAAACGCACUUAUUACAACACCGCACAUUAUCAAUGGAUGCAUAAAAGAACUAAUGCUAAUCCAGGAAGUGUAACCGAACAAAAACGCACAAGACAAACUUAUUCGCGUGAGCAAAUCUUAGAACUGGAGAAAGAAUAUCAUUAUUGUAAUAAAUAUAUUACAAAAUGCGGCCGUCACACGUUAGCUGAUAAACUUAAUUUGACUGAGCGUCAAAUUAAAAUUUGGUUUCAAAAUCGACGAAUGAAGGAAAAAAGGAAUUAUCAAAUAAUCCAUCUACAAAUACGGGCAUCUCAACAGUAUCCAAACCACUAGCAAUGACAGCCAACGUUCAAAUGAAAAUUCACGAAAGACAAGUAUUAAAUCCAAUGCAAAUGCAACAGCAAUCAGUAGUG